UCCUCCUCCUCCUCCUCCCCUGCUGUGGGUGAACCUGCGCUACGGGCUCUUCACCGACACGGGGAGGGGGCUGGUUUGUUUGUGUAAUUGUUUAAGGAAAAGAGAGAGGAAGAGAGCGAGAAAAAGAGAGAUCUUCCAUCCGUGGAGGCACAGUUCACUAUGAUCGUACUCGCCUUCAGCACUGGAAGCCGGUUGGAUUUCGUGUCUCAGUCCAGGGUGUUUUUCUUGCAAACCUUCCUUUGGAUUUUAUGCGCUACAGCGUGCAAAGCGGAGCAGUAUUUCAAUGUGGAGGUAUGGUUACAAAAGUACGGCUACCUUCCGCCAACUGACCCCCGAAUGUCGGUGUUGCGCUCUGCGGAAACCAUGCAAUCAGCUAUAGCUGCCAUGCAGCAGUUCUAUGGCAUUAACAUGACAGGCAAAGUGGACAGGAACACAAUUGACUGGAUGAAGAAGCCUCGAUGUGGUGUUCCUGAUCAAACAAGAGGUAGCUCCAAAUUUAACAUUCGUCGGAAACGAUACGCGUUAACAGGACAGAAGUGGCAACACAAACAUAUCACUUACAGCAUAAAGAACGUCACUCCAAAAGUAGGUGAUGCUGAAACUCGUAAAGCCAUUCGCCGUGCCUUUGAUGUGUGGCAGAAUGUAACUCCAUUGACGUUUGAAGAAGUUCCUUACAUUGAAUUAGAAAAUGGCAAGAGGGACGUGGAUAUUACAAUCAUUUUUGCAUCAGGUUUUCAUGGAGACAGUUCUCCCUUUGAUGGGGAAGGAGGAUUUUUAGCCCAUGCAUAUUUUCCUGGGCCGGGAAUUGGGGGAGACACUCAUUUUGACUCAGAUGAGCCAUGGACUUUGGGAAACCCUAAUCAUGAUGGAAAUGAUCUGUUUCUAGUUGCAGUGCAUGAACUGGGACAUGCUCUGGGCUUGGAGCACUCUAACGAUCCCACUGCAAUCAUGGCUCCAUUUUACCAGUAUAUGGAAACUGACAACUUCAAACUACCUAACGAUGAUUUACAGGGCAUCCAGAAGAUAUACGGUCCACCUGACAAGAUCCCACCACCAACAAGACCUCUGCCAACAGUGCCCCCACAUCGUUCAAUCCCUCCAGUGGACCCGCGGAAGAAUGACAGGCAGCCUAAACCUCCUCGGCCACCCACUGGUGACAAACCUUCCUAUCCUGGAGCCAAACCUAACAUCUGUGAUGGGAACUUCAACACUCUAGCUAUUCUUCGCCGGGAAAUGUUUGUUUUCAAGGAUCAAUGGUUUUGGCGCGUGAGAAACAACAGGGUAAUGGAUGGAUACCCCAUGCAGAUUACCUACUUCUGGAGGGGACUGCCUCCGAGCAUUGAUGCAGUUUAUGAAAACAGUGAGGGGAAUUUUGUUUUCUUUAAAGGUAACAAAUUCUGGGUCUUCAAGGACACUACUCUCCAGCCAGGGUAUCCUCAUGAUUUGAUAACACUUGGAAGCGGAAUUCCUUCCCAUGGUAUUGAUUCAGCAAUUUGGUGGGAGGACGUUGGGAAAACCUACUUCUUCAAAGGAGAUAGGUAUUGGAGGUACAGUGAAGAAAUGAGAUCCAUGGACCCUGGUUAUCCCAAACCAAUCACAAUCUGGAAAGGUAUCCCAGAAUCUCCUCAGGGAGCCUUUGUCCACAAAGAAAAUGGCUUCACAUAUUUCUACAAAGGAAAAGAGUACUGGAAAUUCAAUAACCAGAUGCUCAGGGUGGAACCUGGCUACCCCAGAUCCAUCCUCAAGGAUUUUAUGGGUUGUGAUGGACCAACAGACCGAGACAAAGACCGACACAGCCCUCAAGAUGACGUUGACAUUGUCAUCAAACUGGACAACACAGCCAGCACUGUGAAAGCCAUAGCCAUUGUCAUUCCCUGCAUCCUGGCCUUGUGCCUCCUUGUCUUGGUUUACACUGUGUUCCAGUUCAAAAGGAAAGGAACACCCCGCCACAUACUGUACUGCAAACGCUCUAUGCAAGAGUGGGUGUGAUGUAGGGUUUGGGUUUUUUUCUUUCCCUCCCAGGAGUUUGUGGUAACUUGAGAUUCAACACGAGAGCUGUUAUGCAGUUUCCUAGCUAGGAGCGGGCAUCUGUCAGUCUGAAACAAAGCUGAUCUUUAAAACCCCGGGGGUUGCCUGUCCUGCGCAUGAGUGGUGAUUCGCUCGGCUGGGAAGCUUCCAUGAUACACAGUAUCUGCUGUCUCUUCAGUCCUUUGUCUUUCUUUGUCAUUCGAUUCUAGGCCUUUCCUCUGCACGCUCAAUACCCGACAAACUAUCAGGAUUAACUAAUGAAGAGGAAAAAAAAAAUCUCCAAUGUUUCUACAUUUGUCCCCUAAGGCCUGUUCCCCUUUGAAAAAAAUUUUUUGCUGAAAGUAAAUUUUUUUAGAAAAAACAACGACCCACAACGGAACUUUCAGGAAAGUGAGAAGACCCAAAACAGCUUUGUCUCCAAAGAGGAUUGCUUUCUGUCUGCUAUGGAUAAAGUCCUAUACUCCUACUUCCAGUUUUGUCAGGUGGGAGAGCCGGAUGACACGCAGGACUUCAGACUGUUCGGACAGCCAUUUUCCAACAAACAAGGGGCCAAAAUAUCUGCAAUAUAGUAACAGCCUUAAUGAUACAUUCAUUUUGUGUUUUAUACAGCUGCUCUGGGCUAUGUCCUCAAUGUUUUAAACUCAUUUAUAUUCAUUACUAUAUUCAAGCGGAACCUUUUUAUUAGUUUGUUUGGGUUUUGGUUGGUUUUCCUGCAUAAUCUUUCCCAAAUUAUACCAAGCCAGCUGCCCCAGGCCUUUCACAGGUCUGUCAGGAGCGCUCAUUCCAAAGCAUGGUAAAAAGCCGUGUGUCUCUGAAGUGGAUUUCAAUGAACUGAAGCAACAGUCGCGCUACAGAGAAACUUGACACUGGUAUUAUAUCGGUGUAACCCUUUGAGAACUAUUGCAUCAGUUUUCAGAGUCUGGUGGAUACUAAUCUUUAUUGUCAUUAAAUUAUAGGAUUGUGUAUGGGAAAUACAGGUUUUAAAAGAAAAAUCAGGUUUUUAAAACAGAUUUCCUCUGUUUCUGCAAGUGAAUGUUUUUAUUAUUUGCAUUAUUGAUGAAAAGAAAAAAGCAUUUGUAACAUACAAAUAGAAAGCAAAAUAUAUUUACCAGCUCCUUUCCGGUUAAAUGAACCAAACUUAUUUUAAUAACUGCUACCACUUCCCAAGGAUUUUUUUCCGAACUGGCUACAGUUUUAUAGCUUAGCCUUUUAUCUUAAGCAUAUUGAAUUUCUCUUUUAAACUAUGUUGCAUGAUAAUUCAAUUUGCCUCUACAGAGGUAGAGUUACAGUUUCAAAGGAAAGCUAAAAUGACGACUCUGAUGUUGCAUGAAUAUACUCCAGUGUUUUACCCCAUUGCAUGUUCACUAUAGUUCUCAAAGGGUUAGUCAAAUCUCUGGCAUGUAGCCGAACUUUAUGUCACUGACAGAGCCAAGGGACCACCAAAGCAUUUUGUCAUUGCGUGUAAUUUGUGCUAACAGCAGUAUUGUCAUUUUCAUGUGACCUGCAGAGCAGGUUUGUAUCAAUAUUUUUUUCCUAGAGAAAAGUCAGCAACUGACAGACCUCUUUAUUGAUUUUAGGAGCUGCUUCUUGCAGUGAUAGGCUUUACAGUCACUGGGCUGUGAACUUAAUAAGAUGGUCAGAAUGAAUGCACCCCAUGAGUCAGACACCUGGCUUUUUGUGGAAGCCAGGAUUUGAGGGGAGUAGCUUUUGAAACAAUGAACAGCUUGCCUUGAACUUGAUUAUUGACCUGUUGACUGUCAUUACCAAGUUAAACAUUGUCUUCUGUGAACAGCUUCACUGUCUGAAUUUCCUUAAAGUGUACCGUCCUAUGUCUUUGCUCUUUGACCUUUAACUUGCAAACUGGCACAAUCUGAAGGGAAUCUGGUGUUGCUAAUCAAUUGAGAUGGGUUUUACUUCUUGAAAGGCCUGGUAUAUACUAUCAAAAACUAAAGAAAGAAUGUGAAAUUGUUUUCUUAGAAAAGAAAAGAAGUGGCAGAAACUAAAAUAUUUAUGAUAAAUCUGUAGAAGGGUAUUUUGCUAUGUAUACGUGCACACUCUAAAAAUGAACUACAGUAGAAGUGAAUUUUUAUUUAACUUGAAUAAAAUUUUCAGUAUAAAAUUAUCAUUUCUACAGAUAACUAGUUAUUAAUGAAAAGGUUAUAGGAAAGUAUUAAGAUACUUGAAAUGGCCAGUAUUGGCUUUUACAGAAAACAAGAUUUUUUAUACUACAUACAACCAAUUUCUUACUGAUUUCUUAAUCCACAUAGCUAGAUCAUUUUUUAGAGAGUGUAGGUAUAUAUACAUAUAUAUUAUGGUUAUUAUUAUUUUGGUAAUGAAAUGAUAGCUUGACUGCCUUGAAUUUAUAUUUAUAUUGAGCAUAGCAUGAAAAAUAGUAUGCCUUUUUGUUCAAUUCCAUGAUUUUAUAUUGAUUUGAGGACUUAUUUUAUGAACAUAUGUGGCAUGCUAUAAAGCAUUGCAAACUUAAUUCUUAGAGCAUAAACAGAUAUAUGUAUGUACGGCUAACAAACAAUGAAGAUUAGAAGAAGAUAUAGUUUUACAGCAAAUAUGCAAUGCAGAUGGCAUUUUGGAGAUGUUUUGUAGAGGUACUGCAUACUGUAGGUUAGAAGUGCACCAGUAUCAGCCCAUAGCAUUAUUUAGUAAAUCCAAUUCCAUUGUUACUAAAAAUAUAGAUUAUUUCCUAAUCAAGUAAAUAGGAUAUUUACUGCAAAUCAGCUCAUUGAGUGAAUUCAUAGUUCUAUGCCUGUUUGUGAUAUAUAUUAAUAUGUGUAUGUAUGUGUGUGUAUGUGUGUGUGUGUGUGUGUGUGUUGGUAUAUUUAACACACACACAAACACACAUACACAUACAUGCAUAUUUUAAACCGUAGAGAAAUUUUUAUUGCCAGCAAACUGCUAUAACUUAUGUUCUGCCACAGACAGAACAAAAUGAUUCAUGUUACUGUUCUGAUUUUGUCCCUUGGAUAGUUGGUGGAAAGCGCUAACACCACUACUUAAUCUGCAUUUGGUUUUCCUUUACAAUGGGAGAACUAAUUUUAUAUUAUCCUUAAGGCAGAAUAGCAUCUUAUCUGUUUUCCUAUUCACUUAGAAAUUUCACUUCAACUUCAAAAUCUUUUUCGUGGCAGCUUUAACUUUUUGUGCAACUGUUUCCCUGAGAGUAAUGAAGUGCUGAGCAUGUUGACUGUUGUUCUUUGGUAAGGUAAAAAAAAAAAAAUGUUUGUAUUUGGAGAACUUACUUAACUUUAAUUAUGCAGGAAGGUAAGUGUGAUAAGUCUAGUGCUUGGUAUAUGGUACAUCAUAGAUACAUGAAUACAUAAUAAGUUGAUUCUUUAAUCUAUUUUCUUUUACUUAAAAGUGCAUAUAUAUUAUAUACACAGAGAAGGAGAAAAAAUGAAUAUUAUACUGGCAUGUUUAUGUCAUGCAAGGCAAGGUUGUGUCAGCAUUUCUACUAUAUACUCCUGUUUUCAGUAGGUUGUAACACAUUCAUUAAAAUUUGCUUUAGGUGAAAGAUGUAGAAGCAAUUGUGUUCAGUCUGAUUUCCAAAUACAUAUUUGGGUGGCUUCAAAUUAUAGUAGUAGUUCAAUAUAAACUAGUGGUGUUGCCGAGUUUAGUUUUGAACUUAAACAAGCAAAAGAUAGUUUUAAGAAAAUGUUAUUUUUUAAACAAUUAUUCUAUACCAGGGCCUAUAAUUAUUGGCAUCAAGAAAAAACAAGGUGAAAAUAUUUUGUUUGACUUCUGAAAUCUGGGUUCCUGCUCACAUGCCGUAACUUUUUUCAUAAAAUUUUUAAUAAACAUUUCCAUAUUGCUGUUGUCACAAUCUGUACUGUGGAACAAUACAAAACUGAAUAUGGAUUGUUUUAAUCAGUUACAGUCUAUGAAGCUGACUAUACAGGGUUGUGUACCUUCAGAGUACUAUAGUCUGUAUUAUGCAGGAAGCCAGAAUAGAUGAUGGCAGUAUUUCCUCUGAUCUUUUAAUGUAUAAACCUAAGAAAAGGUUAUUGACUGUAGACAGAAAUUAACUUUUAUCAAAAGUACAUUUAAAGAAACUAUGUAACUGUAUAUUUGCUGGAUAGGCUGGGAUGGAGAGACUCAAAUGGCUCCAAAGGAGCCCUUUCAAGUCUCGUGAAUAAACAUAAUACAUAUUUUAUAUCUUCCUAUUAACUUUUGUUCUUCUUUUUUUCAAAGUGGGGUAAAGGGAGGGAGCAAUUACAGAAAAAGAUGUUGUAAGGCAAAUAUUGUGAAAUAAGGUAACAGAAGCCAAUAGAUUCAAACUGAAGGGGCAGACUUGCACUUUCUCUUGACAGUGUGCUUCACCUCCCCGGUUGUUCAGCCGAGACUCCUGUGCCAAGGGCACUGUGGGUUAAGAACAGAGUGUAAGCCUAAUUUUGAAUUUUCCGCUUUUUUGGCUUACUUCACAAUCCUCAUGUCAGUUAAAUGUAGCCUCUGGUACCAAACUAUGUAGAAUCAAAUUCUGACUUUUUGUUUAGAAAAAAAAGUGGGUAGGAUAGAAAGUAGCAAUGGAAUCACUCCAUUUCUGGUUUACCACAUUUGAACCAUCGGUGGGGCAAAGCUUGAAAAAGGCAUAUAGCAAACUGAAGACUGCAUGCUCCAGAAAUUGUGUUUCUAAGAAAGCAGAAACUCAAGCUACGACACCACUGGCAGCCUAAAUUGAAGAUAGCUUAAGAUGACCCGACUGAGGAGCUAGGAGGGGUUUGCACAGUCCUCGCCUAAGUUGUGGCCUAUGUGGAGUGUAUCCUAAGUUUUAUCCUCUGUUGCAGAGGUGGAGGAAGCCACAUGUAGUGGCAGUAGGAGACGUGAAGAGGCUGUUAUAGAACAAUCCCCCCCUGCCACUUUUUGCUGCUGCCAUGACUGUUUUUGGACAGCUCUAUUCCCAGAAGCAUAAACAGAUGACUGCAGCACUAUGAGCCACAAAGAAAAUCGUUAUUAUUAUCAGUGGAAGGAACAAAUGUUACUGGCCGCUAAGGUGUUCAGCUAUGCUGUAAAUCAAGUAGUAUUGUGUAUGAGCUGAGGAACAGAUUAAUAUUGAAUCCAAUGAUAUUGCCAUGACUGAUACACAGUGCUGUGACAUGAAGCAUACUUUCUUAGCUCACGGUGCACAGAUUGUAGACAAACAGAGUAGCUAUCAUAAGAUCAUUUUAACAUAUGUCAGUUACAAAAUCAGAUACAAAUGAACCAUACGUCAUGUGCUCAUAAAAUAAUCUCUCUGAUUUAUGCCUGAAAAUCAACAAAUUGUCUGCUAGCGGUCACAUGAUAAUAUAUAAUGUGUUUGUCCCAUCUAUCUAAUCCAUUCUUAUGACUUUCCAGCUGACUAUCACAAGAAGGCUUGACUGGUAGAGAAACAGAUUGUCAUCAGUGCCAUAGACGCAGAAAAUUUCUGGAAAGCAUCAAAAGCAGGCCAUUACUAUUAUAGACUGGUUCCAUUUGGCACCUGAUCUAAGAGUAGUUUCUAAUGUUAGCUUAGGUUCUUUCUGAUGCAGGGUUAUUUGGUGCACAUAGAGAACCAGAAAAGCUCACUGCUAAUCAGGAGUUCACAUUUUGGAGGAUCAUCAGGAUGUGACCACAACAAGCAUUUGCUCUUAAAAUCCAAUUUCAAAGUGUGUAAACAACAUUAAAUGCAUACAUGAUAAACAAGACUUGUUUCCCAGUACAAGUACACUUUAGCAUAUUAUCUAACAAUUAUAGUCAGUUUAUUCACAUUUGUAGCUGCAACGGCCCAACAGGACUUUGAGAUUUGGCAUUCUGUGAAAAGUAUACAUAAAAUGAGUUGGCCCUGUGGAAUUACCUUUAAUUACUGCUCUCGUCCACCCACAGUAUACGGCAAAUAGAUGUUAGAAACAGAUGAAGCAUAUAAGAAACAUUGGUGUAAACUAUCCUGCUAAAGAAGAUUUUCUACACUUGCCUGUGUGUACAGCAUAAUGUUAGUUGCUGUCACAGUAAAACUGCAUUAACAAAAUAACCGUUGACAGAAAUAAUUGCCAUAUGCCAGCCAUUUAUGAUGGCACAAAGCUUUCCAGUUAUAUGGCUUGGUUUCUUCUGCUUCUAUAAAUUACAUUGUCCGCAGAUGAUAAUCCUAAUAACUGCCACACAAACCAAAAUUUUCUGUUUAGGUGGUAGUCAGCUCUCUCCUACAAAAUUGCGUCAAAUCCUUUUCUUAUCUACACCCUUAAUCUCCUUGGCCAGCUAUCAGCACAUGUGAAUUCAUAGUCUUUUACGUCAGCUGUUUUUUGCUAUUGCAGUAAAAUAUAUACUGAGCAAUCUCUCCAUUUUGCCAUCUGGUACUAACAUCUGAUUUAAUCACUUUUACUCUUUCUCAUGCCCGUGUCCUGAAUCAUCCAUUUUUUCAUCCGUCAUUCUGGAAACUGGGUCUCUGGGAAGUGGAAUUAGCAACAGGAGACUGGGAUCUGAUGAAUUCCUAACCUAAAGCACGGUACCUGUCUAGCCCUUAACAACAGGACAACAGAAUGGGAAGAAUUUUCUGUGAAGUAUUAUGUCACUUACCCACCCGUGGCAGCACAAUAUAAUUCUGCCAAUGAGUGCGUGCCCAGAUGGGUUCACCACUUGCAGAGCGUAGUGUGUUAAGUCAGAAAAUAAUAUAUCUAAUCAACAUUUCUAUCCUGAUAUGUUGGCAUAGUAUAACAACCAGUCUGUGCACAUAUUUCCUAACUUACAUGGCUGCAAACAAAGGCCUGUGGAAGCUGACAGUGCUUAAGGUCAACGCGCAGUCAUGUUAACUCAUUUAUGAGACGUGAGCAAAUUUUAAUUCUCCUACUUUCAUUUCACGGCCUCAGGAAAAAGAAUGUAGGUCCAUUCAUAAUAUAAAGUGAUGGUUUAUAAUACUCCAUCAGUGUUCACAAUUACAUGAUACUACGGCUCAGCAAGCCCUGUUGUCCAACUGAUACAUUCCAGUCAAAACAGCACAAUCCUAUAUUUAGGUGUACAAUGAAUCUAAAUAGAGAGGCACAUACUGCAUCUCCUUUGCUUAGCUAUUGCCACAAAAAAAUAAUGAGUGCCCACAUACUGAUCCUCUUUAUAUGUUAUGGGAUCACUAAGCUGAUGUCAGUUGCAAGCAGUUUUUUUUUUAUUGAAUGUGAGCAGAGUUAUAUGCAUUAGAAAAUCGUACUUGUGAUGAUGUGCAUUCAGAAGGCAUCAUCAGCAACCUACAGUACUGUUUCAAAUGAUCAUGGCAAACACAGCAAUUCAUACCUGCAAAGGCAUAGGUAUGGCAUAUAUUUACAUAGUUGUCUUUUACCUCAUAUAAUCAAGUGCUGUCAGCUCUGGCCAUGCAUCCCAAGGUAGGUGAUAACCCUUAAAAAAGUCCUUCAGGGUAGUCAUUGUCAAUACUCACACAGCUCAGAAAUACCUGAGACUGUUGUACCUGAGAAAAUGUAAUCUUGAAUAAGAAUCCAGUGUUGAAAGAACGUGCAGUGAAGUGAAUAAUCUAUUCUCUGCUUUUACGCUAUACAAUGCAUUUAGCAAAACGCUGUCAGUUAAGUACAUGCCUAGCAUCUGUCUUUAGUAUAUGUUUCCAACACCAAGUAGUCAUCUCUUGUCAAUUUAUGCUUACAAAUUUUGACUUAUGUUGUCAUUCAGUAUUGCUGUCUAAUGGUGUCUGGAUGAAAACCAUUUUAUAAGAUAAGACCAAGGAUUAUGAUUCCCCCUUCACAUUGUACAAGAUAGGUAUACCAUAGAUAGACCUGCUAUAGGUUAAGUGUUGCUUUGAAAGUGGUAGCCCUUGGCUCACAGCAAUGAAAAUUACAGCUGUCUAGAACCACUCCACUGAAAUUUCUUCAGAGGAAAGAAUUAAAUGAGCCUUCUUCUCACAACUUCUAGGAUCGACGGAAGAGCCAACUAGGUCUUUUGAUCAAAGACUGCUGAGCAGACAUAAAAGAAACGGCAUGAACACAUUUCCAUUUUUCAUUUCUAGCAGGAUAUAAGAAGGGCAAUGAGAACAGCUUGGUCCAUAAAUAAAAGUGCAAGUUCAGUUUGACAGGAAGGGAAGGAACCAUACACCACUGACACCAGUAGGAUUGCAUGUAACCACUAUCUUGAUAACCGACAUUAAAAUGGAGGAGAUGUUAUCAGGAACUUAGUGAUGGCUUGGAAAGUAUUAUCGAUCUCCAACAACAGGGAGACAUGUUAGACUGUAUAGAAGUCUAUCGAAUUCUAUAUUUGCUGUCAUAAUCCAUGGGACAGUAGUCAGUCAAAAGACCCCUCAGUAUAGUUACUCUGAGCCUGACUACAAAUACAGAGAGAUAGCACAUUGUUUAUCUGAUGCAGUCACAAAUCUUUCCCAAUAGAUUUAGUCAAACCAGCAUCAACCUGAAUCUUCUCACAGUGAAAUGUUCUUAUAUUUGUUUUCAGAAGUUAGAACCACAAAGUUAUCUGUCCUUUGAAGAACUCCACAAGGUGAGAUGUUGAAGGAGAAAGAAGCCACUCCUUAUAGUCUAAAUGUCAGUUAUGUCACUUUAUGUCCAUGCUAUGUCACUCUUUAGGCAUUUGAUGUAAUAGAAACACAUCUAUGACCUUUGGAUGGAUCAUUUAUUGCUACAUCUUUAUGUAAAUUGAUAAAUACAGUCAAACUACUGAUCCUAUUUUUUUUCCCUCACUGUGCCCUGAUGUGUUUCCUGACUGGCUGAGGUGAUAUUUAAUGUAAUCUACUCUCAGAAGACAACCGAGGAAGGAUCUUUAGAUAUACAGACUAGCAAAGAAAUUACAAUUUUACUGUCCAUCUCAUUAAGCACACACAUUUUUAUAGUCUGUCACGAGGAAAUGCACCUUUUGUGUCUGUCGUGAAGAGGUAGUAGCUACUCAAAUACAUGAUGUGCACAUUUGAGGAACCUAGGGUACGUUUUCACUAAAUCUUGUCCAUGUCGGUCCCUUGACAGUUAAGCUCCAUGGUAUUCACUUAAGAUCGUUAACGUCUCUGCCUUCCAUUGUCACAGCCUGCCUUUGAGUCUCUUACGAAAGUUAUGUUGUACAACCAGCAUUGACCAUCACGGACUCCUUGUGUGGAUCAUCAUGGAUACUUCUGUACACUGCUCUUGUGAACAAUGAUGUGACAGAAGAGAACUAUCAUUUUUGAUGUCAGCCCUUGCACGCCAUUUACCUGCAUGGUUUAUGCUGUCUCUGAGAGAUGGGCAGUCUAUAAAGUUGCAUUUCGAAAGUGCUGGUACUAUUUCCAGUUCUUGUCGUUAACCUUUUCUCUCUCUGCUUUGCAUUCUGAUGCCUAUACUCUGUGCCACAAAUAUGCAAAUCGUGAUUAUAUGGCUGGAGUUCUUCCUCUGCUUCAAGUCAGUUCAUACACAUACAUCAACCACUAGUAUAUUAUUGCUGUAGCAUAAUAAGCUAGCACUGUUGCAUGGCCGAAUGCUUUCCUAUCAUGCAUUAUUUUACCAUCUUGUUUUACAAUUAUUCCUAAUUCUUUGACAUCAAUAACAUAUUUAUGAACAGCUCUCUUGCAUCCGCUACUGUAUGCUGGGAAUCAGAUUCAUUGCAUUGUUCAGUUACAUCUUGCAGAGAAAGGUGCAGAUGUUUCACUGUUGUAGGUUCAUUGUAUGUGAUAAGUGUUCCUAUAUGCUCAGAAGCUGUUCCAGGGAGUGAUGGCUGCUCCCUGCCAGUCCUGUGGUUGGUAUUGUUAGUGGUUAAAGCACGUGUGGCUGGGUUUGUCAGUGUGUUGUCAGUCAGAGUUUGAUAUGGAUAUAUAUACAAGAAAGGUGCAUUGUUUUGCAUACUUCACGCACAUUCUUGUUUCUGUCACUUUCUCAAUAGCAUGCACCUUACUAAUUCUCUGAGUGCUGUGCUCUUGUAUCUACCAGAACCUGAUUCCUUCUUUAAUUCUUCUUAUUGGAUGUUUACUGUGAUUUUAGCAGCUGAUUCAAUUUUCCUUGUAGAUGUCGUUCCUUCCUCCCUAUAAUCCCCCAUAAUUCCAGCAGAAAUUGGUCUGGUUCCAACAUCUUUGCAAGAACCUAUAACAAAUGUGAGUCUCUUCCCACACUGUGACGUGUUUGUUUUUACUCCACCUCUGAAGCAGAAGAAAUGAACUUUUCACGUAGCGACAAGGAUUUUGGUACUGUUGUCAGGAUAUUUCUGAAAGUGGUUUUGUGCAUAAUAUGAUCGUAAAACCCACUUACUGUUAAACAUAAGUCCUUUCAAGCUCUGCUUCCUGAACCACCCAACAAUUGCUCGCUUAAUUUGCAAAGCCUGACAAUUAAGGCGGAAUAUGGAUAUGAUGAUUGCUUUGUGUGAUGCAAAUUUCUCAUCUUUAUUCCCUUUUAGCUGCAUAGCCCCAUAUGCAUCUCAUGCCCAUGUUUGGCUCAUUAGGUUGUGUGUUAGUAACAAAGUAGCUGGAGCAUUUAUUUGCUUUCUACAACUAAAUUUCAUUUUAUUAAUGUUAUUUUAUUUUAUUUUAUUGUCUCACACAGCAUUCUAUACAGUAACCUUUUUAUAACUGACAUAUGUUAUUCCUUCAGGUAGCUUCUACUGACAAACACAAAGCUUGUUUGUGUGCAAAUGCAAGGCUGACUAAAUGGUGCUAAAAGUGUAUUAUGACUGUCAGAUAUAAUCAGGCAAAAUUUUGUGGUGCUUAGACUGAUUUUUUCAUUGAUUUUAUUGAUCAAUGCAUUGAAUAGUGUUUUAUUAUAUACAAGUUGUCUUUUAUUGGUAAAUCAAGACUUCAUAGUGCAUUGUUAAAUAAAAUGGGUUGCUUAAUCUACAUAACAGCUCACCAAGCUAUUAUCUCUUUAACUCCUUACAACAUUGUGUCAUUAAAGGUCAAGGGGUCAUCAUAAUAAUCUCAUUGCUGUAGACCAUUAACAUGACCAAACAUUUUCAACAAAGUACUUAUGUUUACAAUGCUAUAACCCUUUGACUGCUGCGGCAACCUUUAACCACAAAAAGUCACAUGCUAGAAUCAUCACUAUGGUUCUUGCCAUGGCAAUCAAAGAGUUAAGGGCUGUGCAGUGAUUUGUUUUAUAUUUAUUAAUUUAUAUUUAUUUUUGUUUUCAUUUGAGAAGGGGGGAGUUGGGGUGGGGCAGUUUUUGUCUGCUGUAAGUGUCUUAACCAAGGGAAGGGUUAAAGUGGCUUUUUAUACUAUCGCAUCUUAUGUACUUACCAUCGUUUCAUUGUGUUGUAAUUAAAAAAAAAAUCUGUCAAUAAAUAAGAGAACAGAAAAAAAAGUUUCAUAAAGGCAUUGUGGUUUACUCAGUGUAUGUUGUAAGUGUAAGUUUUAUAGCUGCUGCUCUUUGGAGAGCUGGAGCCUCAGCGAAAGAAUACAUAAAAGAUACUGCCAUUGCAUGGAGAUAUUAUGGAUAUAUGUGGGUAUGAGCAAAGCGAAAGAAACAUUGGUUAUUUUUUUCUAAUCAAAAUAAAGUAGGAAAAACUAAUUUGUGUGAGAGAGGGGGAGAAUAUCUGGUGACGGGCCUACUUUUGUAAUGUCUGCAGGGCCACUUGUUAGAGAUUAUUGUUGCAGCCACUAAAAAAAUGGUCAACAGAUGACUGAAUUUUCUCACUUCUUGUGUGUAAGACAAACCAUGAAAGGUAUAGUGUAAACAAAAGGUGAGUCUAAUCAUUCAGCUGAAAAUAGCUGAAGAAUAGAAAGCAAAAAAUAUGAUUUUCUUGAGGUAGAAACAUAGAAGACCAUAACCCUAAAAGGCAAAGGAGAGUUUUACAGCACUUUGGCCAUGCAGCUCAGCCUUGCAAAGAUGUAAUUAUUCUCAGGCUAUGUAGACUUCAGGGAUGAGAUGAGUGUGUAAGGGUACAGGAAACCAGGAACAAGUCUAAUCUAUUUGGAAAUAAGCUAAAAGGUGUUACUGUUUCAGAGUCCCAGUAAGAAAGAGAUCAGCACUGGUACCUGAUCCAGGACCAGAGGCCAAAUUCAUCAGAUGUCUAAGCUACCUUAAACCUCACUCUCUCCCAUUCUAAAUCUGAAGGAUGUGUUUGACACUUGCUAGCAUACAUACAUUGCUCAUCAUUAAAAAAAAAAAAAGGAAAGAAGAAGUUCACUCAUUAUUUUUUGCCUGAGAAAAUGAAGAGAACUGAAUACAGCAGAUGCUACAUGUCCUUGAUUGCCCUUCUCACAUGCCAGGGGAAGGAAGCUCAGCUCUGGCUGAGCUUUGUCUGAGGGUAUUUGGCAAGCAGAACACUGGUUUGGAAUGGGAGAGCAUGGAGAACAUCAUAAAUGUCUUAGCAUCUUCAGUUGAUGAAAGUGUGGUGUUUUUGGAAGAUCUGAAUUAAAGCAACUUCCAAGUUGAUUUAAGUCUUUUUCUUACAUCAAACUGUUCAAAGCAUAAGUGAAGAUGUUACUAUGAGCAGAAAACUUUUUAGUAACAAAUCUAGCAAUCACAGCUAACACAUCGGAACUUUGGCGCCAUAAUCAAAUAGGUAUUUCACACCUGUUUCACAUGAUCAUUUGGCAGAAAAUUGGGUUUCCAUUUUAAUGUUUGGGCUGAAAUUGGAGAUUUGGCUUUCUGGAAUUAUUCUUGUCUAAAAAUCUUUCUAAGCAGGAAACAAAAUCAAUACUAGGUGACUCUGUUAACCAAUCAGACAAAAUUAGUUAUGAAUAACAAAUAUUUCUAAUCACUGCUUGGCAACUUCUCUCACGCUACUUGUUUGAAUUAUGGCAAACAGUGAUAAAAUAAAACAUCUGGUCAUCAACAAUUGUCAGUGGAAUUAAAAAUGUGGAUAUAUUAUGUAUGUCUUUCUUUAGCUCUAAGCAGCAUACAAUAACACAGCUGAUUUCCACCCAAAAGAAGCUAAGAGAUGAGUAUUUUACAGGCCAUCUACUAGGCUGACUUGCAAAAUGGUACAGGUGCUUACCUAAUCUAGACCUGCCUGCGCUUCAAUGAUAAUAUCAUUCAAUCGUAAAGUUUAUGAUAGACAUGGCACAAAUUGCUUUUUCUCGAGUAUAUUGGUGGUACUCUGCUGCCAGUGAUACCAGUGUGUUAGUAGAGAGAUUCUUGCUGUAAGUUAUUCAAGGUUUAGGUGUAAAUUUGAACAGUGCUUCAUUAGGGCAAAAAGCUAGACCUUGAUCAAUGUGUAACUAAUGCAGACUUUGGUCACUUUCGAAAUACCAGAAAGGAGGCAUAUUACGAUCCUCUGUAUAAGCAUUCAGAAUAUAAAGGAGCUUGCUUAGCAAAUACAUGUUCUGUUUCUUCAGUGUUUGUUACAUUAAAUGCAAAGCAUAGAAGUUUUCACUUAAGUGCUUUUUCCUCCAUGCAAUUAUUUCCUUUUUUUUAAUCCAAAAUUUUGGUGUUAUAAUUCAGGAGAACAGGGUGCGUAAGCUACAAAAGUAAAGUAGCAGCCAAAAAAAAAAAAAAAA